UGGAACUGCCGCUGCGGCCUACUUCAGAGUCCCCGCUGGAUUGGGAUUGGGAUUGGGAUGCUUUCUCGACCCUCAUCGGCAUUUCUGACAGCCGCAUCACACUAGCAAUGUGUGAUUGUGAAGCGGAACAGCACACGCUCCCGAUUGAUUCCUUUACAAACUCCAACACAGACAUGCAGUUGACAGAAAUGCGAAUCCAAGCGGAACUCACGCCAUUGCAUGCUUUUGGCACCACCGACAGCGUAUGCGAAGACUCUGGGAGCGAUCUCAGCGAGAUAAGUCGGUCUCCUCUAGAGAGCUGGGACACCGGGGCAAGUAGUCGCUCAAAUUUCAGGAAACCUGUCGACGACCAGGAGGAGGACCUCCAGCUUGCCAUAUUUCCGACCGGAACCACUGUCGUUCCUCAAAAAGUGUAUCAGCCGCGAGGAGAAACCGAGCGACAGAAGUACGUACACACGGCGAUAUUAUCUUCGCCCAUCUUCUUCUACGCUGAGAAGCCAUCUGAGCUGGGUAUAUCCCUGGAAGAGAUACUCGAAAAAAAUUCGAGACGUCUUAGCGAUAGGGAUGACCUGGUGUUUGAAGGCGGCGGCCGAUCUAUCUCAUUGAGAAUAGAGUGGCCUGGCUAUCUUUCUUGGAAUUGUCAGCUCCCUACCAGAGACUAUCGCAAGACACCAGGCCCCAUCACUAAAGCAAGACUUGCAAAGAACCUUGCUACCUGCAUACGCAAAUUUGUUCGAAAAAUGGCUACUCACCACAUGGAGGCCGGCGCUGAUCCUAUGUGGAGGAUUAGUCCCCGUCGCAUAAAAUUUGAAGAUCUCAUCCUUGUCAGUUUGGAUCAUGUGUCGCAAGGAAGUUGGCAGCCUCAGUUACGACUUCGGCGACAGGUGCGGGGUGCAUCCAGCAGAGCCUGAUGAUUCUGAGGUUAGUUUCAUAUUGUGGGGUGGAAGACAGUAUCUAAUUUCUCAGGCCCAUUGAUUUUCCCUCAAGAGGGAUGCCGAGACUUCGAUUUCUUAUCGCUUUCACCAUUUCAAAUUCCCCCCACGAAUCCCAUGCUUUCCGUCACAGGACUAAUAUUUCUUCGCAGCUUUGCCGUUCACUAUAACGUGUGUGUGCAGCGUGAGAUUUAUUCCAUUGCAAGUUGUUACAAUUUUCUCGUUCUCAAACUUCCUUCAUAGUCAACUUGUUGUGCGCUGUU